UUAUCAUGAGAGCCUUUUUAACCUUCUUCUUCAUCUUGUUGCUCUGUAAUCUGCACAGGGCACAAGAACACAGCAGUAACAGCGUUAUUAGUGGAGAGGAUGAGCCUGAGAGUCAGAUGUCCAGAUCAGAGAAAAAUAAGGAAGAGCUGGAGCUUCAGCUAGACAUCUGGGAGGAGCUGAGAAACCUGCGAGAUUUGGUGGAAGUGCAAGCAGUAGAGUUGAGGCUACUGUCAGCAAAACUGGCAGAAAAUGACAGUCUGAUGAAGGACAGGCUGACUGCAGUAGAGACCCUGGUUGAAGACAUGCAGAUGGAGGGAGAAGCUGAAUCUGCUGAGCUUUCAAUGACUCAACAAAAACUCAACAUCGUACAGGACAGGCUAUUGGUGAACGUAGCUCAUGUAGAAGAGCUGCAGGAGAAAUAUGAAGUGAGCAAAGUGGCUUUUUCCACUUCUCUACUGGUAACUGGUGCAGGAAACACAUUUUACAAUGACUAUACCACCAUGGUGUUCAGAAAUGUGAUUACUAACACUGGAAACCACUAUAACCCAAUCACAGGUUUCUUUACUGCACCAGUAAGAGGAGUCUAUUACUUCAGAUUCACCGCUCAUAUUGCACUCAGUACUGAGAGUAAAAUGAUAAUAAGAAUAGUGAAGAAUAAUGAUCCCAUAGUUUUAUCAGGGGACGGACACACAACAACCACAGAUCCUGAGGACAAUGUGUCCAAUGGAGUUGUGUUGGAGUUGGAGGUUGGAGAUCUUGUUGCUUUGCAAUUAGCGGGGAAUGCCUGGGAUGACCAGUAUCACAGAACAACCUUUGGUGGAUUUCUUCUCUUUUCCUUGUAGCUGUUAAUAUUUUUUUGUAUUUCAUAAACUUCUAUCAUAUUAUGACACAGCAACACCAAGUACACUUGUAAGAGCUUGUUGGUGCAGACAAAGACAAAAUUAAAGAUCAAAUUUUGUAAUAUUUCUGCAUGUAA